GGUCUGGUUGCAUUAUCUAUUUGAAUCACACUGACGUUAACAAACACUUCUCUAAAAUGAUGGUGCAUGCAAACUGCUUCACCGGUACCGAGGUCACCGACAAGGCUUGUUCGUUUUGACCAAAAUCGCGGCGCUGUUCGUCCCAGUGUGAAUCAAAGCCUGGACCUUAUAAUAACGUCAUCUUCAUUCCCACUGCAUGAUAUUCUUUGCUCAAUGAGCCAUGCAUCCUCGCACGUUAGCAAGACUCGCCUCCCUUUCUACCCAUCUCCGUCGAGCACCUCUCUCCGCUCAUGCGAAGCCAAUGUCAUGUACAGCAGUUCCGCCAGAUAAUUCAACCUUUCAACUACCACCGUUGAACUUUGCGAUUUCUCCUGUACCAAAGAAGAAUCCAUCUGACAAGGGACGGCAUAUAAAGACUGCUGCAGCGCUCAUCAUUGGGGACGAAAUUCUGAAUGGAAAGACGCUUGACCGGAACUCUAAUUACUUUGCACGAUUCUGUUUUGAGCAUGGUAUUCAUUUGAAACGCGUAGAAGUGAUAGCAGAUGAUGAAGCUGAAAUCAUUGAGGCCAGCCGGAGGAUGGUGCAAACGUACGACUUUGUAGUGACGUCGGGCGGCAUCGGGCCCACCCACGAUGACAUAACAUAUGCAUCUUUGGCGAAGUCUUUUGAUCAGGGCCUUGUAUAUCACGAUGAAACUCUCGCUCGUAUGGAGGAGUCUGGCAAAUAUCGAACUUGGGUAUCAAAACAGAGCGAGGAACAGCGAACGGCACGGAAACGUAUGGCACUGUUCCCUGAUGCUGCGGAGGUGAUUUUCGUUGCAAGCGACAUAUGGGUGCCCGUUGUUCGCCUACAAGGAAAACUUUGCAUAUUUCCAGGGAUACCCACCCUCUUCCAGAAGAUGCUAGAUAACCUGAAACCCUUCCUUCCUCUCCCACCUGAAGAGGAGCGACCUUUCCGGCUCCAAGUGUUCACGGGAUUACCCGAGUCGUCUAUUGCCCCGUUCCUCACCGACCUUCAAAAGCGAGUACAGCCUGAAGGUAUUCGGAUAGGCUCUUAUCCAGUCCUACAAAAAGGUGUAUAUGUGUCGCUCAUAGGCGCGGACCGUGGCCGUGUACAUCAGCUUGGCGUAGAGGUUGAGAAAGAAGUGGAGGGACGUGUUGUUACCGAGGCAGAAGCAGAAGCCAAGCGGCAAUUGGGCUGCCAGUGAUUGAAUGUUCGGUCUACUGUAUCAUAUACUUUCCGGAUGGGCAUGCUGCAUUUGGUUGCGUCUUCAUUUCUGCAUACUUGUUGUGGAGACAAUCUACACUUCGCUUUCACUGGUUUUCUUAGGUCGCUAAUACUUGUCUCAUUCUUUCGUUUCUCCUGCUUAGUGAAUGAUUCAGAAUGCACGGCGUUACACGCCACCAUAUACUAUCUCUGA